UAUCGAUGAAGUUCGAUAUUCGGUCCCUGCAGUUUGUAUGAGAAUCCAUAGAAAUUCAUUAAUCAAGUAACUCAUCAACUUGUUACAACUUGUAACCACAUGUUCAAGUCCACACUUUUUAUUGGAAAAAAGAAUAGGAAACAUUUUAAAGCUUUUUAAAAGCAUAAAUAGUGCGUAGGCUUAAAUUACACAGACAAUGCAAAAGUAUCUUAGACUUGUUCUAUGUUGACCGAUGCUGAAACUGUCCCUACGUAAGAAAUGUUUUUUCUGGCUAUUAAAGAGAUCUAAAGACAAAGGUUUUUGUGCGCUUGAUAAAAAAGUGAUCCUUAGGACAAAAAAAAAAAUAAAUGUAGGAAACUGGUUUUUAGCAGGGCUGUCUGCCAUUUAACUUGCAAAAUCAGUGUUGCAUUUAAAAUAUGAUCACUGUUUUAUAACAACAUGCAGCCGCUUCAGUAUAUUAUUAACUACGAAUGAUCCCAAUAGGCCAAAACUCUUCUCGCUAUUCUCGCUAUCAAAGUGUCUUGGGUUGAGAGCUGAAAUUCAUUUCCCUCACCUUGGAGAACAAUGCAAUAUUUUCCUCUCACUGCUUCACUCUUCGAGAGCGUCGGAAUAGUGCAAUUAACUCUGAAAAGGACCGCAACUUAAAGCCUUUAAAAACACACAUCUUCUCGAUGAUGCCGUCGAUUAGCCGCCAUGUUUGGUGCUUGAACUGGCUUCCAGACCUCUCCUCCUAGUGACUUACGCGACGAUCACGUGGGGCUUUUGAACCAAUAGAAAUGUGUAGAAGAUCAGUUUUCUUGGUUCAAAUCUUUAGGCGGACUUCUGUGCAAUACUACAGUGGUGUACAAACGGAUUGUCUUUAUAAUGAAUGCUUCCCAAAAAGAUGUUCUUUUCAACGCAAAAUAUUCACUUGUGAGGUUGCUUUAUUUGGCUUGUUUCAAAAUCGACUGCUUGACUCAGCCGGAUUGGCAUUAAAGAGGAAGGUAAGCUUAACUUAUACACAAACUCGUGUUUGGUUGCAGAGAAUUGAGCUCGUACGUCGCUCGAUUGUCUCUGCUAGAUUAGAAUUAAGAAGGGUAUAUUUUCGGGUGCUAUUUGGUUUUUAUAGAUGUAGUUUUCAUCUUUUUUGUUUAUACAGAUAUGCCUGUGGUCUUUGCUGCAAAUUGUCUUCGGAAUCCUUUGAAAUAAUUAUUAAUUCUAGCAGAAUUUGAAAUCGAAGACUUCGAUGUGGCAAAGUGAAAAUAUAAGCUUAAGAAUUUUCAUGUCUCCUAAGUAACAACUAUACAAGAGACUGAUUCAUUAUAGUUAUGACCUGACGCCGUUUUUCCCAAUGAUUAGGUAGGACGUAGCUAUAACUAAAUAUCAUAGUGGUUCUGAUCGGGACAUACUGAAAUAGAACUUCCCUCUUUCGUGGCAUUAAAUAAAGUCAUGUUUACAUACUGACGGUUUAUGAAUUCACGUAUUAGCUGAAGCUUAUUUCUCUCUGAAUUGUGCAUCUUUGGUUCGCCAGUGUUAAUUUCCUUCAAACGCCAGGCCUACAUUCCCCGCAUUAUAUUAAAUCUAAGUUUGUGAUUACAGCUUCUUCAAUAAGAGAUUGAUUCUAAAUAAAGGUUUCGUAUUGUUGUGGACAAAUUCUCCGAGCUUGCAUUAACGGUAAUUCUUUACUCACGGGUACGGUUUUCAAAAAGUACUAGGUGCCUGGUAGUCGGAAAUUCUCAAUGUACUUUCUGCAUCUGACUCGAUUUCUAUGUAAAAUUAUAAGGAGUCUAUAGUCUUACCAGAUAUCCUGUAGAAAUGUUCCUCUGAGUUACAAACAACGAUAAAUUUGUCGACUCGGCAGAAGAGUGCUCUUCAUCUUCCGGUGUAGCACUACAGUUGCGUGACGCAAAUACUACACCGUAUUUUUGAAGUGUCGAAACUAUAAAGAUUUCACUCUAUGCCCUGGCUCGACAGUUGCCUUUACUUCAAACCCAAAGAAGUGUUUGAAAUCUCUUGGAAUUCCAUGGAGAAUUUUCCAUGAAGGUCCUUCACACGGGAAAUUCUGUAUACACGUACAUGUAUUUUGUGGGCUUUUUAUUCUUCCUCAAAGCUUUCAGGGGCACCCAACGAGAAUAUAGUUCAAAACCAUUUAAACAUAGCAUUGUUAAAUGUAUCUUAGUAUUUAAACGGUAGAUAUAAGUAUCUUUUUAUCCCCUAAAAAUUUUUCAUCCGUUCGGAUUUCCUAUCUGAAAGUCUAGUGAUCCGAAAAUUAUGGGGGUCAAAACUUACCUUUUCGAAAAUUUCAGCCAGAAAAAAAUUUCCCUAAAAUUCUCGGUGACCUUUUUAGGGUAAAAAUCCGUUAAAAAUUGGCAAUUAUACCAUUUUUUAGAUGUUUGAAAAUCCUAGGAGAGGCAGGCAAAAAAGAAAUUUUACAACAAAUGUUCCGAAAAUUCUAAAUCUCAAAUCGUCUUCCGAACAGAUAUUUUCCGAAAAUUGACGUUGGGUGCCCCUGAGCUUUCCGCAUGUGAUUCAUUGAACACAGUAUUGCAUCAUAAUUUUAGAAACUGUCAAAGGGUUUUUUGAUUAUUGGCGUUUGAACGCAACUGAAAGGGCUAAAAUUAGGAUAUUUUUAUGCGUAGUCCUCGGAUAACAUUUGCCAACAUUCGUCCUUUAACUAAAGAGUGGUCUUGCUUUUAAUUUCUUAGCCGAAAAGCAGUGAAUCGUGGGAAGGCUAGCUCCAAUGCCUUGUCUGGCUGCUCAUUGUUACAUCGCUUGAGCAAAAGCAUUUCAUCCAUCUCGUUUGUAACUGUUUUUGUGACGGGCAGGAAGUCGCUAGUGCAUUUUGAUACAAAUAUUACAAUUUAACCGUUCAGUUAUAGUGUCCAGGAAAUUACAUUUUCAGUAACAGUAUACGCAGUCAUAAUCCAUGUCGUUCUAUCUAUUUCUGGAAAUAUUCGUGUCAAGAAAAGGAGGCAUUCUGGUAGCCAGUGAACCAGAUGCAUGUACCAUAGUAUGUACCAUCUGAAGGGAGACGAAGUGUUGGCGGGCAGAAACUUUUGUUUUUGCAAUACACGUUAAGGGUCUUUGCGGGAGGCUCCAUAGCACUGAAGGAGCGAGAAAUACAACACGCUGCCGAAGACCGGGACUACUGGAGUCAUGUGGUUGCCGCCUGCCGAGACAAUCCGGAUUGAUCCGUAGAUGAGCUUAUAUACCAUAGUGAACUCGUGCAAGUUCACACCGCAGUUUUGAUAUUGAUCUUAAACUGCAUGUGAAACAUGUGAAGUGUAUUCACUUGCUGCUUCGUUUAAGUCGGCCGGCGGUUUACGUCAUUCGCUGGUUUAAUUUAUUUCGGCUGCUUUUCUAGCGGUUAUUGCCUGCUAAACCUCAAUUAUUUCUCCUCCUUACAGGGGCUGCCAGUAAUUCAACCAGACAAGACAAAAUGGGUAAUGAACAUGACAUAUCGGAACAAUAUCACUUACAGAGGUCCUCGAAAUUAUGCAGAAAUAAGCCCCACCUGCGACAACAAAAUUACAACAGCAAAUCUUACAGUAAUAAAGACGCUACAUCUCCACCUCUUGUUAAUGGGCAUACAAAGCAAUUCAGUCUUAAAGGAGAUGGUUGCUUCAAGAAUGGUUAUGAAGAUAAUGACGGACGCGAAGAAGAUAAAAGUUACAGAAAAAGUCACACAAGCAGAGUUCUUGUAGAUAAUGUUACACAUGCAGAUUCUUCCUUUGAUGAAGACAACGGUAACAGUGAUGAUGCUGUCGGCGAAAUUAACGGAAGUGAAAACAACGAUGGAUACUGCAUCCUGAAUUGCGACAGCAGUAAGAAUGCUGAAUGUCAAACUGGUGGUGCUAAUGAACUAGGCGAUAGGCACGGGCACGAUGUUGAUGGCAAUGAUGACGCUAACAUAGGCAACGGUAAUGCUGACCAUGAUGAUGAUACUGACGGAGCCAGUGUUGGCUCUACUGUUGAAAAUGACGAUGAUAGUGAUGAAGAUGGUGAUAAUGGCUACAGAGGAUAUGACAACCAUCGCCAUCGCCAUUGUGCUCGUGAUGAACAUAGUGAUGGUGGGGUUGGUGAUGGUAAUAAUGAGAGCAGGUGGUGACAGAGCUGAUGUUAAAGACGAUGGUAUCCAUGGAAAAUUUAUCAGGGAUAGCAAUUUUGAUAAUGAAGAUAAAAAUGAUGAUGCUGAUGAUGUUGAUUACACUGUGACCAAAUCAAGCACGUUACUUAUCGACAGCAUUGUUCCAGGGAAAAGUAUUAAACUAGCUACCAAGGAAACAAAUUUUACCCUACCAGUUCACACUGGCUUGGACGACAGACUUAGAUCUCAGUUUCCUACGACAAGUUAUCCACAGGGACUAAGACCUUGGGUAAAUGAGGCAGAAUUUAUAGAUAACCUUUACAACACUAGAAUACCAUCUCUAGAGGCGACAGGGAUAAAUCAAAAAUUCCUUGCGCGGCAUACGACAGAUCAAAGUCUACAGCAUGCCUCACAUACUGGUGAUUCUAAUCUUCUUACUCCGCGUGCGGAAUGGCCCAUGUGGAGUCUGCCACCUCCUGACGCUUCUGAAACUGGACAUCGAUGGCGUCACUCGAGUGGACUUCACCCUUCCGCCGUCCGUAGUCAAACUGGAGGGCAAAGUAGCUGGCAGUUUCGGAAUCAACCUUCGAGAGAGAUGAAUAGUUCAAAUUUUAAUCCACAAGAACAAAAGUCAUUUAAUCAUAUUGAUCCAUGGUUUGCAAGUGGCGCUGAGGCGUUUACAGGUCUCAGAAUGUCCGAUAGCCCUCCAGCCACAAAUGACACCACAUCUGGUAGCGUAUUUAAGACACAUGCUACAAUAGCAAGCGCUUAUGAAUCCAAGUUGCGUUACUCGGCCAAUAAUUCUUAUGGGUCGCAUGUAAAUAGUUUUAUUUGUGGUGGGCUUCCUGUGCGCGAUAGGCCACCUGUAUCAAGGUUGCCUACAGUAAAAUCGCAUGCGCCCGUGGUAUGUCCCAGCGUCACUACACCAGUCACCGUGUUGCAGCCUACUGCGAGCAUAACAUCUCAAAGUCUACCUUCAUACAGCUACCAAUCCACUGUGUUGCCUGAAAACGGGCAAGAAUGUUUCAUGGAGCCUUCUAUACCCAAUUCCUUUACAGAAAACCAAGAAAAUGUUUGUCCGAUCAUUUCAUCUGCUUCAAGAAGAGAAGAGCAGAGAUCUGGUACUAAGGCAUCAUCACCGGAGUUCCCGGAUGAUCCUUCACUUGCUGCACUGGAACGCAAAGUGGCGGAGGCAUGCGCAGUAGUUGCAAGGGUUAUGAAAGAACGAGAAGAAAGAGCAAAAACGCAACGUGAGGCUGCGCGAAAAAAAAGAGAGAUGCGAGAACAAAGAGAAAGAGAGGCAAAAGAAAUGAGAGAAAGAGAAAGGAGAGAGAGAGAAGAAAGAGAAAGACAAGAUAGAGAAAUAAGGGAAAGACAAGAAAGAGAAAUGAGGGAAAAACAAGAAAGAGAAAUGAGGGAAAGACAAGAAAAAGAAAGGGGAGACCAGACAGAAAAUGAAGACAGGGAUAAAAGGUGGUUUGGGGGAGAACAGGCGCCUGUCCAAGAGAGCCCGCGAUGGCAGUGCGAGCAUUAUCAACGGCGUUGCCUUGUAAAGUUUCCUUGCUGUGGAAUAUUCUACCCGUGUCACCGCUGUCACAAUACAUCGGGGGCGUGUGAUACUGAUGACAGGAAGGCGAAUAAUGCGACGCAUGUCAAGUGUGGCAUCUGUGGACACGACGAAGAGGUGAGUGGCUUUGUUCGUUCUUAGGGUUAUUCCUAUCAAUUGCUUUGCGUAUUCUUGCUGCGCAUAAAUACACGCUUGAUUAUCGCGCACAAGAAAAAUAGCGGCUUUUGCUGUAAGGUUGGAAUUCGCCAGAGGUAAUUCUUCAUUUAUCUCUUUAAUGAGUAUAGCCACUAUCAUUUUUCUUUCUUUUAUGAAAUUAAGCGGCAACUUUUUUUCUGUAGGAGUUAGACAAAUUGCGAGGCGAAAAAGAAAACAAUGGUCGGAAACGUGUGUACAGCCGCCCCACUCCCCUCUCCGAUUUUUCAUCACUUAGUGUACAGCUCACAGUGUUUCAUACUCUACUUCAAGUUAUUUUAGGACUUGUCAAAACUAACUGCUCCUUUUCUGUCUCUCUCUCUUCAUUUGUAAAAUUUAGAUCAAUGAGGGAAGUCAGCAUUGCAGCAGCUGCGGCGAACAAAUGUCAGCGUAUUUCUGUUUCAUAUGCAAACAUUUUACCGGGGUGGAAAAGAACCCAUUUCACUGCGAUAAAUGUGGUAUUUGCCGGUAAGUUAUUGCGGAUAAGGAGUAGAUAAUUAUUCAGUUAUAACCAUUUUUAAACUAUUCCUUUAGCUCCCUCCUUUAGACGUCGAUUCAGAAAGAACACAAAAUUUGCCAUCUCUUCUUAACGUACCCAGACUAUAUUCAGAGGACACAAGGGACAGGUUAAGACAAAUUCAGUUUUUCUUCUUGGUUGCGGUUAGUUUUAUAGAGGCGUUGGUUGAUGGUCUGAAAAACCGAAGGACGUGAUUGCAUUUUAAAAUAAACGUACUAGCUUUGGUAUUGUGUUGUUGAUAGGUAUUUAAAACUGCAAUCGUCUGGGUGAACGUUUCAAAAAACUAAGUCUAGAUACGACUUCACUGAGUCAGGUGGAUAAUGAGGACAUGCGAAUGCAAAUUUGAUAUGAUGGCAUUGAAAAUUAAUGCUUUUCUGCAGGAGAAAACGUUAGGACGAAUUAAAAACAUAAGGAUUAUUGGCUCUGUAAGAGUUUCAUUUACUUAAAGCUGAACAAAAUCCAUCAAUCUUUCAGACGCUUGUUUUGUUUUUUGUCUUGAAAAGUAUCCACAAGGACAAAUCGUUUCACUGUGAUGUUUGCAACGUUUGUCUGGACAAACGACUUGAAGGAAAACAUAAGUGCAGGCCCGAUUCCGGACACGACGAGUGUUGUAUAUGCUUAGAGGUACGUAUAGAGUGACUAUUUGCCAAGGAAAACGAACUGAUAAGAUGGCAUGAAGACUUGAUUACUACAUCCGCGACAGUUGUGUAUCUGUCGAAUAGUCAAGCUUGCAGUGUUGAUAAACUUGCAUGAAGUUGGUAAGGGAGUCGAAAAUAAAUGACCUCUGGGGACUGAGUCGUGUUUUGUUUGGUAUGGUGGAACAUCAGUGAUGUUCCACUGUAUCAAGCUUUAGAUUUUUCACUUGUCCCUCGGGGACGGAGAAAUGGGCGGGAUACUAAUAACGGGGAACAUUUACACACUUACACAAUGUAUUAACAUUAUUAUUAGUAUCAUAUUUUGACCGCCAGGGGCGUAGCCGACUUUCUGACCAGUUUUAGGCCUGGCUGAAUUUCAUUUCCACAUAUCCUGAAAAUUGCACGCAUGGCUAGUACACACCGACCUCACCAACACUUUGAGCUCUUAAGCUUCUUAGCUCACCCUAGCAACGCAUAACUAAUUAUUACAAGCGGUAAGGUGAUCAAACCAAAAAUUUGUAGGCGCGGGUCUACAGGUCUACGGGCUGCCUACGCCCCUGACUGCUUAAUUUCAACUACAAAUAAAACCUUUCUUUCUGAGGCACCAAAGUUUCAUACGCUUCUAACAGAUAGUUUUGACAAACCCAGUUUGCACAGUAGCAAAGAAGAGUGUGCUGCCAUAUUUAUAGUACGUGCGUUUUGUUCAUUGAGAGCAAGCUAGGUGAAACGGGACCACGCAUGUUUACGUUGUAAUUAAAUCAACUUUGUGUAUUCUUCACAGGAUGCGUUCAGCGGUUGUCAGAUCCUGCCAUGCUCCCACAAGGUCCAUAAAGAGUGUGCCAUUGCCAUGAUUCAGAACGGAGUGUAAGUGGCCAACUGCAGUAGAUAAAUUAAGCAAUAGACCACACUUUCUGUGUGUUUACCGGCGUGAUAACCCACGCGGGAUGUUGGGAGAACACUACCCUGCGAGCAGAGGCUACAUUUUCGUUGUAUGAGCUGGCGUGCGAAAAGUAGCUCGCCAGCUCAUACCGCGAAAAUAUAGCCUCUGCUCGCAGGGUAGGAGAACACGACUGCUGCGGUAACGACGUGGCUGCAUUUGCGAAGUUGUGGCAUGCAACUUAUGUACGUACGGCGACCGAUGGAAAUAUCUCAGUGGUAGCUCUAAAUUUGGAGGAAGGUUCCUCUGCUGUAGCCACAUAUUGGCGUUAAUAUUUGUCGAUUUGUGAAGUCAGGUGGUUUGAAGUAUGGCAUCAAUAUUACCGAAUAAUUUGUGUAAAUGUUGGAAAAAAACCAGCGAGAAACUCUGACAUCUUUUCAUCAUCGUUUACAGCUUGUUUACAACCUGCAGCGGCCGAUUUUGUACCACAACUUGAUCAGAUAUCCCUUUUUGGACCAAUUUCUUUCAUUCAAUUUAAUUUUGACAUAAAAUAAAUCAAGAAUGCUAAAACUAUCCGUUUUGUUGGUACAUGGCUAAGUUUUCCUAGAGACAAUUCUACACCAGAACUUCACAGAGCUGUUGUCUUUCUCUGCGAUUUGGCAUGGUCGUGAAAUGUAAAUUGCUUUCCAGCUUUGAACUUUAUAACUUUUAGAGCUAUGGCAGUAGGGAAUUGUGACGCUCAGUAAUAAAAUGUGGAAAUCAACGCUUUUUACUAUUAAGAAGGGCUGGGUAAGUAACUUGUUCUGUUUUUUCUCCUUUCUAAAAUCAUUGUUUGCAGAUCAAUAGCCGAUUUUGUUUAUGGCUCGUGGUCCGGAUGCCUUUUUCUAUGGGUUUACCGGUAUAAUAAACCAUAGGUUUUUGACCAAUCAGAUCGCGCGUACUAUCUCAGUUAUUUCAUAACAAAUAAUAAAUAGUUACUGUAAUGAUGUAUAGAAUAUCUACAUAAUGGUGCUUUGUCGGCCAUUUCUCGUCGAAAUGGAAUUUGGAAAUGUUGUUUUUGAGAGGAUGGUAGAUGAGAUGAUACGGAGUACCAAGAAAAAACGCCAAGGAUCAAUAGAAGGGAGUGCACCGAAACUCAAUUUCCUCUGGCGGCUUACCAGUGUUUUACCACUGUGCAGCCCUGGCAAGGCAGAGCCGUGGGGUGGGAGGGGUUGGGUGGAUUUAGCCUUCCCCCACUAUUUCCAAAAAGACAGACAGACAGAUAGCCUGUUCCAGGAUCCAACACAGUGCAGUAAAAAGUGAUGCAAAAAAUGCGCGGGGGCUGGAGAGAGUGGGCUCCAGAUCGCGCGCGUCUUAUUUUCCCUUAGCUUGUCAGUCUCAUUUUCGUGACGUCCCUACUAUCUGUAAGCUAACAGACAGACAGACAGACAGACAGACACUAUUUCAGCACGGAGUUUCUUCAACUUUCUUUUUUGGACUUACAAAGAGGUGGGUCUCUGCAACCCCUUUCACGUCAAGCUCAAGACCGAAGUGUUACAGAUAAUUUUAAUUUGUUUGCUUUUCUGUGUUUCAGACGAAACUGUCCGAUAUGCCGCCACCCUUUGUUUAGCCAAGACUCACAGUAAAGAUGAAGAACCAAAGAAUCAGUAAACGUUCAGGAAAAGCCCGGAUUUUCAAAGAUUUCUGUUACUGCGGUCGCCAAAGAUGCGAAUUGUACGAUUAAGAGUCAAAAUAAGAAGACAGUUCAUUUGUUUUCAGAACAAUGUCUGUUAAAAGUUCGGUUUUCUUUAGCAAAAGCAAAAUAGAUAAAAAGUUUCAAACAGUGUCAAAGUUAUACAGCCAUUAUCAGUACUUUAACCUAAAAUAAAUAGUUGUUUACUGCAAAGUUACAAGUCAAAGCUAACCAAACAACGCCGUCCGCCUUCAGCAAAGCCAUGACUAUUAAUUUAAGCAAGGAGCAUAGUUCGGGGAACAAACAACAAAAAAAUAAAAAUAGAUAAAACAGGAAUCGAUAAGUUAUAGUUUUGUGGAAACACUUACGCCCUUUAUUGUUUUUAGUACGUUGCGGUUUUUCAACUUUGGUUUCAUUGGUUGAAGGUAGGCAAAAGCCAUACUAAAACGAAUGAUUAUCUCGCUUAAUUAUUACUUUGUGGCUCUAGGUUUUAGUUCAAACUAUUUGGAAUAUAAUACUAGGGUAUCUUAUCAAGUUCAAAUUUACAAAUAUAUUUCAGUAUUUAUUACAGUAAAUAUAAUUGAUGUUGAAAAUAGUUUGAAAUUUUUAUGCAGUGAAAUAUAUUUUUGCCCACUUUUAUAAGAACUCAAGGUUAAGACAUCUCUACCUUACGGGCAGUGGUUUCUCCAGGCCAGACGCUACGGUACGAAGAAAGAGAAGCGUAUCGCAGUGUCCGGCCUGGAGAAACCACUGCUCGCAGGGUAAGGUAUAUCUAAAGCAGUUUUGGCGACAACUUUAUUCAGCCUAGCCUGCGGACACAGGCGUAUUUCCGGUCGUCGCUUCUCUCUACUCGAACAGUAACAAUUAAUUCACUUAUCUGUAUUACAUGUAGAAAAAAUAAAGAUGGUUUAAACCCAGAAAAUCGGUUCAUAGCCUUGCUGCCCUGUGUGCAAGGUGGGCUUUUGUACAUUAUGCUAGCAUUUUUUCGAGCAUUUUAGUGAGGCAAAAGCAUUGAGCAUUAUUCGAGCAUUUUAGUGGCAUUUUCCCCGGAAAAUUAAUUUUUCCGAGAAAAUAAAAUAGAAAUUAACUUUUUUCAGGAGCCAAUGCCCCAUGAGCUCCUGCGUUUUCUUAGAAAAUGAAGACUAAAACUCAAAACUCAUAAAAAACCUAAUACAGCUGUUUUUUUGGCUGUAUUUAUGAACUUGUACACGUUGUCGUUGUUACUUGCAACACUUGCACGUUUUUGUAAGUGUAAACUUUGAAAUUAAUUUAAAAAACCGUUUGUAUCAUGAGCAUUAUCCGAGCAUUUUAGUGACUUUUUUGGGGAGACCGAGCAUUUUAGUGGGAAAAAUGGAGCAUUAAGGUGGAGCAUUUUAGUGAGGAAGCAAAAGCAUGAUGUACAAAAGCCUAGUACAAGGUGGUUCUAACUUUCGAGCCCGUGGGUGAAGUCCUAUGGUGUUAUAAUACUAGUGAAAGCUACUGAGCAGGUCUUUGCUGUGAGGCUGUUUAUUGCACUCUUAAUAGCGAUGCUAACUUUUGGACCUAUCAAUGAUGCCCUUUAAAACUUUUAGAUGUGAGCAUAAAUAAUGGUAAUUGAACUGAGUGGAGUGUAAUUUGGUCUGAUGGCCUUGUUGAAAUCAUUAAUUCCACGAAUCAGUUCUUGGUUCUCUGAAAUGCCGGUGUGAUAAUUCGAAUGACAACUUUUUGCCAGCUUUUUUCAUUUGUUACUGAUGGUGUUACCAGUUUGAACGAAGUUUAAGAUUAGCAAUAUUGGAUUUGUGCCUGCCUGGUCACUUGUCCCAACAAGCCCACCUCGUUGAUAUCAUUUUUGAAGGCAUAGGGCACCUCUCGGGAAAUUUCGCACCUUAUUUUUUCAGACCUGAGUAGGUACCGGAACCUUACCCCAGCCUAUUUGACACAAGAACGAUGAGAAUCUGUGCCAAAUUUCAGACAAAUGCGAAAAGUUAAAAAGAUUAAUAUCUAUUUCAAAUAUUCCUCUUCAGGUGUCUGGCUGGAUUUAAAGGAAUUUUGCUUAUUCUUCACGUAACUAACGCCGACCGCUGACGCUUAGAAGAGGUUUGAAUUGCUAUUAUCCCCUAAUUAGCAUCAAUUUGUAAACGUGAUUUUCCGCAUUUCAUAGCAUAAAUUGCAUUUAUUUCAUGCUUUCUCGAAUUCAAGUUCAACGGUUAAACACAUACAAGAGAGAAUGAUCUAGCUCAUUCUCUCUUGACACAUACACUAAGUAAUGGUGAGAUUUGAGGUAAGUCGGAGUAGAAGCAUAGUUUGAUCUGACAAAGUUUACUAAAGUAUUAAUAAGUGCAACCAAGAGAGAAUGAUCUAGCUCAUUCUCUCUUGGUGCAACGACCAAUCAUGUUUGAGUACAACCAACCAAUAGGAAACUGUAAACGACUACAUAACUGUACUUUCCCAAAUCAGUAUUUUAACGUACAUUUGAGUCACUUCAGAUACAUUAGAUAUGUACGGUGAAACCAACAAAUUUUAGUCAACGCAAAGUGAGUGUACAUGUAGGGUCACUUUAGUGUUCGGGAUACGUUGUUCGAGCUACUCGCUCGCUCAGCGGAUCGAAGGUUAAGUCAGAAUCCUUCUUAUUUGCCUCUUUCUUCUUUUUUAACAGCUUGCUCGUGCUACUCACUUAUUGUAUACUAGCUAGACUCCUAGCAACUACAAAUAAAUUCUUUCUUAUCUCCUUACCAAAUAACAAUGGCCGAAUAGUAGCUGUUAAAUAGCUGGAAAUGUUUGGGUAAGCCGACCGUGAGAAUAAAAACAAGGCAGUCCUGGUGUGGGUAAUGUUUUGGUAUCACUAAGCCUACACGGCUGCAAUCGGCAAUAAGCUUCAAAACAAUGAAAAACCAGAAACGCUUCAUGGUUAACAAAUUCCAAACAGAAACUUCAACAGGACUCAACGACAGAGGCCUCCCAAAAACGCCGAUCACCUGUUGCUGUGUAAGUCUUAUCUCAUGGACAAAAUAGGAAUGUUCAAAAUGGAAAGUAAGGCCUGUUUCAAACGUCGUGCUACUGCCGUGCUAAGCUGGCUCGACUGUAGCUCGACUGCAGCACGACAUUAGCACGACUUGGUUUCAGACGUAGAAUUUAAUUCAGUCGAAUAGAACGGCUGUUGCCGAAAACAAAACACAAAAAUAAAGAAACGGUUUGGCAAACUUUUAAAUGUAUUCUAAUGUAUUUAUAACUUAUGAAUUGAGUCCGGCACGGCAGUAGCGCGCAAGGCUUGCCGUGCUACACGGCAGUAGCCUGCGUGCAGACGAUAACUAAACUCUGAUUAGUUAACCAGAGUUUAAUUUCGUCUGCGCGCAGGCUACACGGCAGUAGCACGACUUGGUUUCAAACGUCGCGUUACUGCCGUGCUAAAGUCGAAUUUAAUUCGAGCAAUUGAGUUCGGCACGGCAGUAGCACGACGUUUGAAACAGGCCUAAAUUGGCAGGCUAAGCAUAAUUUCAAGCACAAGUAGAAUCAAAACAGGAAAAACACGCAUGCGGAAAAAAAAUCCUGACUAAGGACUUGAAGAUAAGACAGAUAAAAAAAAUAACCUUCAAAAUGCUUCACAAAAUUAGUUGGUUGAAAGAAUGAAGAUGAUAUGAAUUGCGGAAAUACAAAUUUAAAUGAAGAUAUGAUCGCCACAGUGGUAAUUUCAAUUUAAGCAAUUGCAAAUUAACCCGAAAUUUGUUUUCAGUUGGUUAAUAGUUGCUCCUGGGGGUUAGUGUAGUUCUAUUGCCCUUGAUGGGAUCAGUAAGUAUUUUUUGUGCAUGGAUUUGAAGUGGUAUGGGUGUGUUCGAGGAACUCGCUCGCUACACCAUGAAGUACCAGAAAUCUCUCUGGUGAUGAAUUUAGAUCUUGGUCUUUAUUCUUCUGGGACGUGACUUCUGCUAACAAUCUUAAUCUUAAUCUUCUUACUCUUCUUCUCUACUCAAUCCUAACUUACCAGUCAAAUAGUAGCGGUUUUUGUAGCCAAAGCUGGACAUGUUUGGGUUAGCUGACCGUGGGAAUAAAAACAAGGGAAACUCGGUGUGGGUACUGUUUUGUUAUUACUGAAACUACAUGGUUGCGAUUGGCAAAAAGCUACACUGAACCAUGAAAUGAAAUACUAAAACGCUGGUUAACUAACCCAAACGGAAACUUCAACGGGACUAAUGAACCAUGACAAACACGACCACUUACGAAAAACUCAAUCUGACAACAGCAAGCGAAGAAUAUUCCUGAAAUGGACUUAUUAAACGUAUUACGAAAGUGAGAAUUUUUCUUAUUCCUCUUUCCACCACAUUUUUGAAUCCGAAAAUUUUAGAUUUCCUUUUUCAAAGAAAAAUAUCUUAAUUAGGGAACUGAAAUAUGACAAAUUAUUCUUCAGAAAAUCGUAGGAAAUUUAUUAGAUAAGUUUCGAAAAUAGUACAUGAAUGGAACUGUCAUCUAGAAAUUUUGAGUCGUCCUCAAUUAUUAGAAAAUUCUAGGCAAUAAUUGCCUCUCCGAACAGAUACUUUACAGAAACCGGUCGUUGGGUGCCCCUGAUGGAAUUAUACGCACGGAUGCUUCAAGGACGGCUACUUUUAUCCAUUUUAACAGAUAACACUAAAAUACAAGUUUGUUGUCAUCUGAAGCCGGAAGAGGAAUAUUUAUACAUGACUAAAGGCUAAAAACUUACUGAUGAAGAUCGGGAGAUCCUGAAUUCUUUCACAAAAGAUUAAUUGCUGAUCGACCUGACCAAAGCCGGGUGACUUUCCGGUCCUGCUUUUGUUAAGCGCUCUGUGGAAAAAAACAUUCAUUCUAACUACAUAAUAUAGUUCAGUUAGAGUUAGGUUACGUAGUUUCAGAUUGGUUAUUAGCGGUUUUAUCAGUUUUGCCCGAAUAUAAAAUUCCGCUAUUUGCAGAAGUACUACUUACCAGCGUUGCUUAAUGUCUGUCUUUCACGGCUUUGAUGGCUUUUAUAAUCUCUUGAUUGCAGAUCUGAGGGUAUUGCAUUCCUGAGAAAAAGGUAUUGCAUUCCUGACAAAAAUAACAAUUUGGCCGAUUCAAAAUUCACGGAAGGAUUCUGGGUAGUGUCACAGCGAGACCGACAGAAGCACAUGAAUGGUAGAUACUCAAAAGUCGGCGGGAAAAGGUUUUUUUGUCGAGAUCAAAAUUGGGGAUAAGGUUCAAGGAAAAGCCUCUAACACUUCACUACUGGCCAUGGCUACCUUGGCUGAAAUAGUUUAUUCCACCAGUUCUAGGUUGUCGGAAAUGCCGGUGUGAUCAUUCGAAUGACAUAAAUUCGCCAUCAAACCUUCGUGUGGUACUGAUGGUACUAGUUUGAAGGAAAUUUGGGAUCUGCAUGCAAUACUAAGCCCGCCUAUAGUCUCUUGGCUUAACACGCCCUCCUCCAUGACGUCAUCUUUGGAGUCAUAAGGCAUCUCCCGUAAGAAAAAUACUUAGGCAAAUUACAAUCACAAAGUGUUCAUUAAAGGCAACUGUAACUCUGCCUAAUCAUGUAGUACAGUGACCAAAUCAUAGAAAUUGAUACAAUAGUUGCAUAGCAAGCGGAAUCAGAAUGGACUGGUGCUUUUCAGGGGCGUACAUGCCCACACCAACACCACGUACGCGAGAAUUCAUAGCUGUUGGUGGCAAAGCUCAUCCCAGUUCUUCCCACAACCUAAAAGCCUUAACAAACAAGCAAAGAAGCACCAUUGAUUGUAGUGAAUAAAGCAGUCGAGCGCGAUAAAUUCUGCCAGCUGUGUACAGGGAAUAAAUGAACGGAAUUAAGGGAAAUAUUAUUUAAUCUUUACUCUUUUUCGCGCCUUCCAGGGCCUUGGUAACGAAAUGGAAUAAUCCUGAUCAACCCUGAUUUUUAAAACAAUUAAGCAGUAUUACGAAAGCACAAGGAGGCCUAAAAACGAGCAAGUAUUCAGUAUUGAUUGAACGGAUCUUGCAGUGAUAAAUCUGGCAUCCCCGCAGAUUUUGCAGGGGCGAAUGUUAUCAUCACUAACUUCCAUGCAAACGGAUAGAGGGCCUGGAAUCAAGAAUCAACCUCAUUCCUUGCGCUUUUCCCUUAGAAAGAACGAGAUUGUCGAUCUGUACACCGUAUCAUAAGACCUUUGUAUUUAGACAUAGGUUUUUUAAAGACAUCUCGUUGUAUAACGACUAUUUGUCACCAGUCGUUAACGUCUUCAAGUUCUUCAGCCGAUGAGCACCAGACCAAAAAAUGGCGCCAAGUAGUCGAUCAUUAGUUAAAGAUAAUUCCUGGAAAACGCUUAAGAUUCUGAGAAAUUUGUAUUGUCCAAUCAAAACAGUCGCUCCGCUGUGUGACAUUUAAACUAAGCUUAAAACCUUGCCCGAACUUUUAACUCUAUGGAUUUUAAACCGACUGUUAACUAAGUUAUAAAAGGAUGGCCUUGAGUUGCAAGACUACAUUGCUUUACAGAAACAAAAAGGGUGAGUGAAUUUUUACCGACAAAAUGGUUUGCUUUUGAGUAAAAUCAUGUAUAUCAUGUAUAUAGGUGUUAUCAGAAAAAAUUUGUUCAGCGCACCACUGCAUGUGCUCGACAAACGGGGCUAUCGCCAGAUUCGUACAUCUAAACAGUGGUUAGAUAAUAUUUGUUCUCUAAUCCGCCUCUGCAGUGAAACGAGAACAAAUUAUUUUUAACUCAAGUGAACAGUCAGGAAUAGGCAUCCAUUUCUUUCGUUUGAUAGCAAAACUACAGUAAAGCACUACGGUUAAAAUGACCUACAAAUAAUUCACGCACAAUUCAUAGCACAAUAGCCGAAACUCUCUCAAUCUCGAAAUCUGUAGCGGACUUAAUAUAUUAAUAAAAUACAAACGAUCAACUGCCGGCACACUGUACUAAACAAAGGUAUGAGAAAGAAUUAAAGGUGAAAUCUAUAUCAUUUUGAACGAAAAAGUUAUUAAGAAAGAUCCGAAAAACGCUAAAUAAUCGACUUACGUCAUCAAAGAAAGGGAAAAAACGACUUCAUGAAAUGGUUAACUAACAAACUAACAAAUAUGGGCAGGUUAAAAUGUUCAACUUAUCUUUGACAGUGUUCUUUGCGAGACAAUUAUUCUGGUGCUAUAGUUCAAUGUUGACAAGCAAUUUAUUGUGUUACCAGUCAGCUAUCACGUAUUCUUUCUUAAAAGUCUUGGUCAGUCUUGAAAACAAGUGUUUCCGCCAUUACUUUAAAAUAUCUGAUAAGCACUAGUUAACAUUUUGACUACUGUUACACAAGGCACCUCUCUUGACUGAACUUAAACCAUUAGUUUUGGGUUUUGCUUGUUAUUUCACUUGGCUCUCAGUGCAGUGCCUUUUUUCGAAUCAUGCUUGUUCACAUCAUGUUCAUAUCGCGUGUACGCUCAGUCGACUGACUCGCGUAGUGGCGAGUUGGUAUGACUUUUGGAAGCAACUUUGACUGAGGCAAAAAAAAAAAGAAAAGAAAAAAGAAAUACAAUAAGAGGAAAAUGAAACAACGAGGUUUUAAUAAUUGGCAAUCCUUAAUCCUUAAUUAAUCGCGUCAGGAGUUUGGGAGAAUACCUUUCGCUCUCAGCGUCCGCGUCUCAGGAUUCGAAGAGAACGCUCGAGUGCCAAGACUCAACGAAUGCCUAGUGAGUUCUGAAUCAAAACAGAGCGUAUUUCCAAGCAGUCUUUCCACGUCCUUCUUCGAGAAAUGAACCAGAGACGGAGAUCGAGAAUUGACCAGAAAAGACAAAAGACCACUUCAGUGGGAGUAAUUCAGCUUUAUCAGUGUUUAUCACAAAACAAUGUAACCUUUAUUUGGUCGAAACCGUCCCAUGUUCAUAGAUGCGAUACACUAGUUUUUAACACACAUGGGACCUUCAGCUGACCAAGGAGCCCGAGGAUUGGUCCGAGCUAACGCCAGAUGUCGCAGGCCCCUUUCUUCUAGGGUACAAGGGUAUCCGAGAUAGGUACUUCAUAUAUGAUUCCUAUAGUAUACCGCGGUACACUAUAGGAAUCAUAUAUAAAGUACCUACCAAAUCCAACCCAAUCACCGUUGACCAUGGGCGCUUUCCAUUUAGGAAAAAAACCCGGAAAUUUCGGUGGUAGCAAAAGUGGAAUUUCCGAUCGGUAAAAAGUUGUUCCAUUUGGUCGUAAACACCGGUACGUGGCGGUGUCCGACCGUGGACCUGGAACUGGCACAAACUACGAGAAACGUAAAUGGAACACGACAUUCCGUUCGGAAAUUCCAACCGGGAAAACGGGACCACCUUUUUAGAUUUUCCACUUUUUCUGGGAAUUUUCCAGUGGGACGAACCGACGAAACGUGUUCCAUUUACCGCCGAACCGGAAAUUCCGGAAAUUUUAACUAAAUGGAAAGCGCCCCAUAUUUCACGUCCUUUUUGAUGUGGUUGGCACUUUCAAAAUACACAAUACGAAGACUUCGUUUCACGACACGCGAAAUAUUUUCUGGUGACAGCUUCCUAUUCUCUUGUAUGAAUGCUUCUGUUGCGCUAACCGAGGAAAGCAGGAGAACCAGCUAUAAAUCAUCCCAACUGUAAGCUUCGCCGUUUCCGUGCAUUUAUUACAUCUACAGCUUUUCACACUUCCUCCUCGGCAAUGGUUUCUUACAUUUUACGUCAUCGAUACAUAUUUACCGCAUCACACUGCAGCUUGGAGAGCGCGACCACUAGGUCUUUGACGGAAUCCAUGUCUUCGCAAGCACUCUUUUUUGUCAAAGACUUCAAAUACGUUUUGUGCUGACUGCAUUUAACUGAAAUGAUGUAAUAUCUCGCGAUUGUGUAUAUACCCUGCGUUGCAGCCGGACUUAGACUGAAAACCUCGAUAGAGAACUCGAUAUAUUGGGAAUUUGGACUGUCUGCAGUCUUAUAACUCUGAAGGAACAGUCAAAUCGAAAGCGAGUAACAUACAAAAAUUCCUGAAAUGUGCCUCGAUAAGCACUUCGUGAUUGUCAACACGAUUUGCAGAUGACAACGUGACCUUGUGAACGUGACCACUUUGGAUGCGUGACAUCACACGCACAUUCUCGCUGAAAUAUAGUGAAGGCGGUCAUGUCUGCUACCGUUCCUUGUCCUUUUUGCCUAAUUUUUCAUCGGUUAGGCGUAAAGGAUCUUAACUAACACAUCAUAUCAUCAGUCUAUUGUGUAACUACGUCGAAAAUAACAGUUAUAGUUCACAAUCCUAAUAGACAAAUCAAUUGACGUCAAAUUUGCCCUUUAAUCUGUUACGCAAACGUUUCGCAAUGUCACGUUUGUAGUACCGGACACUGAAAUAUAAUAGGACCAAACAUUUUUGAAGCUUUAUUGCUUUGUCGUUCAGUCCACAGAGCCUAAGUAAAGGGACAUUACACCAUUCUCCAGCCAUUAAGAGAUUGGUGAAAGGGCCACAGAGAAAAAGGCGUCGAAAGGGGAUUCCCACCCAAAUACGCGCAUUGAAUUAACGUCAGUCCAGCACGUGAGUACAGUCAAAACUAAGCCGAAUUCCGUGUAGUAAGAGCCACGUUACAAAUCGACUCCAAAAAUGAUCACCUACAUACAUGUACUGUAACGAGCUUCUUCGGCCGUUUAUAGUCCUUGUGCCACUAGUACUGUGACAUGGCCUCCGUUUCUCAAAAUCUAGAAAACUGGAGAGUACUACCAAAUAGAUAUAUCCCUUCCAUGUACUUGUGCACAGAUCGUUUUAAGGCCUGCGUGCAAAUACCUUCUGUUUCCUUUCGAUUCUCGUGUUGUGAGUGUUUUAAAACUGGAUAGUGUCAUUUUACUAGGUCUGAUUAUUUGCCUCUUGUGUCACGUUACUCAGUUUUCUGUAAGAUUCUAAGCUCUAGCUCUCUUGAAGGCUCACGUUAACUAAGACGACUGAAAAGAAUGUACGACGAUAGAUUCCAACGGCACAGAAUACUCGCGCGAGUGACGUCAGUGUUACGGCGGCGAAACUAGAAACACCUCGACGGACUUAACUACCAUUCCAUUCUGUGGUUACCUUCUCAGUAAUGUCUAUUUUACUAACAUUAAAUCGAAACCCACUACUGUUUCUGAACGCUUUCUGUCUCACUCUAACCAUUCUCAUACACUCUUUUUUUUUAUAUAAGAAUGUUGUUUUCCGGCCCAGGCUGAAUAUUCUUAUUUUUCUGCCGAUUUUAGGCUGAAAAUAUUCUUGUAUUAUUCUUAAAUUAUAGCUUAUGACAUUUCCGAUUUAGAAUUUAUUGGGGUAUCAAUUACAAGUGUUUGGUAUCUAGAUCUGUGCUGAAUACUGUACAUAUGUAUUACAUGUAUACCGUUCAUCGAACUGUCAUUAGCGUUGAACAUUUUGCUAUAGCUAGUCCUGGUUUUUUCGUUUUGUUGGCUAGUUUCGCCGUUCAGAGAAAGGAAUAAUUUUAUACGGUUAAGUUAAAAACAUAAAAUUGUAUUGUAUUUACAGAUGUUUCAACACACAAAAUUAUAUCUAUCCUUUUCAAAAUCUCAGCCUCGGCUUUAUUCUUAAAAUAUUCUUAAAAUUUCGCAAAUUUCAGCCUCGAUAUUCUUAUAAAAUAUAUCCUUAUAAAAAAAAAAAGAGUGUACUGACAUGCAGUUAAUCCCACUAGAGAAAAUUCAUUCUUCACGUGACUCAGUUCGUAAGGCCAGGGAGUCGCAUUUGAUAGAUAAGGCCAUGACUCUUGAACCUCAUAUAGCCUAAACCGUCAUGACGAAUUACAAUAUCCUUAGUAUUCUUCCUUUCCAGUUUUUAUGUUGUACGUCAUUUCCGCCUCUCCCUUUUAUUGCGACAUUCUCCAUCUAUAUAAUAUUGUGAUUGCUACAUAAGUUCAGUAACAUCUGCAAACCUGAAGAAGGCUUGUAUGGCCAGCCAAAAUACUGUUAUAAAAAACAAAACGCGUUGUUUUAAAUCAGCUUUGCAGUAGUCUUUGGACUUCUCGUUGUUGGUUCUAUUUUACUGUUCAAUUUCCUUUUUAGUCUUAACCACCCUGUACGAGGAGGUACAGGAGAAAGAACAAAAAAAACUGGAACAAAGUUGGGUUAAAAUAAGGGUUGUCCCUCAAUUCCCUCUUUCCGCCUCAACUUUAAAAAGGAAAAAAAAGGAAAAAGUCGAUAUCUGGUAACAUUCGAUAACAAUCGAUAUAACCUAUUGACAGGAGCCUUUUAAAAACCAAUUGUUGGGUUUCACAUGACGUCACUAAAACUAUCGAUCCUACUGAGAUUUUACUUUCGUGAUGUAUUAGACCAGGUGAAAACUAAUGUUCAUACAAAUUUUCGCUUCGAAAGGGUUCUUGGUUUUGUGUUAGAGAGUACACUUGAAUUUCUAAGCUUUUGCGUGACGCGGCAUUUUAACUGAAACGUGACGGCCGAGAGAGCUGUAAUGUAGGUUAAAAAAGUGACUUAUUUCGGGGAAUUUUGCUAUUUAAACAGUAAAUGUAUUAGAGAAAGUGUUACUUUAAUGUUUAUGAGUUCCUCGGGGGAUAAAUUCACGCUUUUGUAGAAAAACUCGGUAAGAGAUGUUUCUGUUGGUUUCCGCCCAUCCAGCAUUGCGUCUCCAUACAAAUCCCUAUAAAUUUAGGUAAAACAUUUCUUCGGAUCGAAAUAUUCCUCUGGCCUGAAUCAAGGCGAGGGUCUUUGUAUAUGUACCUUCUUUCAUUUCCCAGAUUCUGGACUUAAUCUAUUUUUAUUUUGAUCUAUUUUGAAAGGCGUGACACUGAAAUCGAUAGAGGAAAAAGUUCUGAUUAAUCUAUAGUUAUCGAUUUUAUCAAUCAUCUUCAACGAUUUCUUUUGUAACAAAGCCAUUGAUAAUAGAUCAAUCGGCGUUUAAGGUUUUUCAGUUUCGGAGCAGGGAAACGGCCUCACCAGGUGCAUAGCUAUAGGCUCCUGGCUUCACUUAAAAUUUGUGCUAUAUUAACGGUGAGGAUAAUUGCAGCGGCUCAACAUAUUUACAAGUGUACAGUUUGUCGGCAAAACCCCUGCAGCCUCUAAAGUAUUGCCGAUCGCAGGUGGCACGCAAGUCUUUUCAAAACGCGGCCAUUGUAUAUUAUUGAAGGAUAAAAUCGAUAUCAUUCAAUUAGGAAAUAUCGAUUGGUUUUCCGAUUAUCGGAUUUUGUCGAUUGCACUCGUCAAGCGUGAACAUAAUUACAAAUCUUUCAACAGGUCUUAAUUCCAAAAAACUGUGUCUAUCAUUCCCUUUGGCUAGCCCUCUCUUUGGCGGUUACGCAAAACAGAUAGAAUACCGUAAAAUUCCGAAAAUAAGCCCCUCCAAAUAUAAGCCCCCCAAACCAGUAACGCAAAAAACCCUCGGUUAAAUCGCCCCUCCAAAUAUAAGCCCCCUGGGGGCUUGUUUUUGGAAAAUUGCCCUCAAAUACAAAAUAAAACAAAGCAAAACGGUGAAUUUACUUCCAACUAUAACGCUUGCCCAAUCGAUUUUGAAGCGCAAAUUUCCCUCCGUAGAUAAGCCCCUCCAACCAUAAACCCCUCCAAAAAUAAGACCCUCAAAAAGGGCCUUUGAAAAAUAUAAGUCCCGAGGCUUAUUUUCGGAAUUUUACGGUAUGCGCUUCGAUACGUUACACACUAUGCAAAUUGCAAUUGCGUUGUAAACAAAUAAAACGUUGGCUUUUGAGGGAUCGUCUUUAGCAUUUCCCAACAUGCCGUAACGUUACGCAAUCAAGUGGCCAUGAGCCACACGAGUCUCUCCACUUAGAGAGUAAAUGUCUCUAAUUUGCAACAUUGACAGGACCCGUGAGUUCCUGUAGGGGCCUGAAGAUGCAGGGACUGACUUUAAUUGAAAUACUAAAAAUAUAUGCACAUUUAUUAUAAAUUCACUACACUAUUACGCUGAAAUAUAUUAAGUUUACGGAAAUUUUUAUGCUCAUUUAUUUCUCAGACAUAGUUCAGAGAAAAGGACUUAGUGAGGUAUGAUAUAUAUAUACACCAACCAGCUUGAACGUUUAUUAUUGUAGGGCAUAUUUGUGUCUCUUACACCAGAAUUCUAUUUACGGAGCGAAACGAAAAUAGAGGCUGAUCUCAGGUUAUUUAAGGCCAUGCCUCCGGGGGGUACUCCCUAAAGUCUAUAGGGGAAGGUGUACCUUUAUUUAGGCUUCAGGUAUAUGAAAGGGUAGGGGAAUCUAUCAUUUCAGUCUGUAAAAGAAACUUGAAAGGGCUAGUGAUGUACUUUUUUUUAUGGCUGCAAUGAUGUGGUAUUGUGGUUUAUUCAUAUUUUAAAGACAUGGCUUCGCAGGUGUUAAAAGGGAUUCAAAUUUGUCAACUGGGUACGUGAGAGGGGUAACAUUUUACAUUGGAAGUUAGUUGAAAGGGGUACAUUUUCUGUCAAAAAUGGUAUAUAAAAGGCUAAGGGGUUGGACCUCGGAACGGAGCCUGUCUGUAUAAAACUUUGAUGAGUACCUCCUCCCCCCCACCCCACCCGCCCGAGGUUUAUGCAUCGUAACGCUAGUGUGGCGUUAUGUGAAUAUUUCUAGCACGUUCACGAUCACAUGACAAUUAAAACCGUGACGCAAUGGUUGUUUAUAUAUGGACCUUUUUAAAGAGAGACACGUUCAAGCAAAUCAUUUAGCCGUCAAAACCAAUGCGUUCAGCGACCGGAUUUCUGUAAAAAGAAAUAUGGGCUCCUGAUAAGAGUCAAGGAAAGAAAUGACUAGUCCUCAUUGUGGAGAGCACGAAAAAAUAAUCUGAAAUAAUAAUUUGAUGAUAUUAAUUGUGCUUAUAUCACAGUUUUAAACUUCAGACAUUCGUCGAGGGCUUAAAGGUAAAAAAAGUGAAGAGCCAUAUGGCUCUUGAAAAAAUAUAGAACUAGUCAACAUUUGAAAAGUCUAGUAAUUACAAAUGAAAAUAACGCAAAGUACUAGCGCUGGAGUUCUACAGUUAACAGUUUGGCGUAUAGUUCAAGGUCACUGGCAAAAACAGACGAAGUAACUCUAUUGAACAGAGACACAAAAUAUCAAACAUUUUAAGACAGUUGCCGUUACUCAUAUAAUCACAUGAUUUUUCUCGUGCAAUUUGCAAUAAAUAAGCACCUGUAAAUACUCGGCAUGGUCUUAGAAAAAUUUACCCGUGUUUAUUUAUUCCAAACUGCACUCGAAAUCACGUGAUUACCUAUACUAACAUAGUUUACUCAGAACAAUUUUUCCAUUUAAGUAUAGCUGUCUGAUAAGCCGUCUUGAUCCGUUUUAUUACCUUUUUUUGCAGAAAACGUAACAGGGAGGUACACAGUUGAGAGCAGGCACUGAUAUCAAGCUACAACGGAGCAAGCAUCUCGUUCAGAUAAACAGCCUGGUCAAGUUUACCCCAAGAAACUAGAUUGGGGUGAGCAACCUAUAAAUAAUACAGUAUCGUGCACGGAGAUAGCACAGCCUUGCACAAACUGCCGAGUGUUGAAAAGCGAUUAUGGCCGAGUUCUUUUUGAAAGGGACCUGGCGCGGAAAAAUUUGCAAAUUUCAAACUUCCGUCUUGUAGAUGUGUUAACGCAUCACAGAAAAGACGGAGCAGAGGGUAUGGAUUUUUUUCCAUUUCCAUAUAGGUUUCCUCUUAGUUUCGAAUACAGUUAUUGACCGUGUUAAUAUUUAGUAGUUAUUGGAUGAAUUUGAGUUGAUAUGACCAAUUAUACAGGUCGAGUCAAUCGAGAGCCUCUUGGUCGAGAUCUGCAUAAUUAUGUAGCUCUUUGUAUUAUACGACAGUUGAAUCCAAUCAUUGUUUCAUAGUAAUCAUUUAAAAUGUUCCCAACCUAAAAGCAUGUUCACCUCGAUUUAUAUAAUGUUCCCGUCUUCAAAAGGUUUCUGCGUAUUAUGGUCUUUGUAAUGACGUUUACCCUCAUAAUGAAACACACACAUACAUUGGUGCCUUAAAAUGGGAAGAGUUUAGAAACAUUACUUUAAAAAAAUUGAUAUGAAAAGAAACGUUUUUAUUGAUUUCUUUUCACUAACCAAUCAGAGCGAUUCGUCAACUUUAUAGGAUUUUCGGAAGAAUGAUCACGAGGCAAACACACGUAACUGAUUGAAAAGAUAAUAAUUCUCUAAAUAGUAACAAGAUUCCGAUUUAGCUUUACUUAGCAGGUAACAUGACAUACGUCACUUACUCGCUAUAAAGCGUUGAGUCUAAAACCAAAUACACACUGUGCCAAACAAACAUUCGUGGCUGUUUUUAUCUGGGAACUUGCAUGUUUUUGUCGUUACCUCCAAUUUAUUAUAUAUGAUUUUACUAUUGUGUCCUGUGCCUUAGAAAACAAUGUAGACUUCACUAUUUAACUAUGUUAUAGGAGCCGCCGGUACUAUGUGCAAAGAACAUCAGUCAUUGGAAAAACUUUACUUACAACAGCCCUCGAAAUCAUCCACUAAUACACCACGAUUGAGACAAGAAAAUAACAGCAGAGAGUUUAAUUGCAACACUGCUAGAUCGAGUUGCUGCUUCGUCAGAGGCAAUGGUAACGAGAAUGAUUCUCAAGAUGAUAGUAAAGAUGAAAGCGAGGAUGGAAAUUACGUUUCAAAUUGCAACGAAUGUAGGGAUGCUGAAUGUCAUAUCAGUGAUGCUAAUGAAUUAGAAGAUAGGCAAGCAGACUUUAAUGCCAACAGUGAUGCUGAGGGUAGCAAUCAUGAUGAUGAUAACGAUGGAGACAAUGGGGAUCAAACGGAUGGGGGAACUACAGUUAAAAAUGCCGUUGAUCGUCAUGAAGAAUACGAUACAUGUACUGGUAACAGUGGAUGUGAUAAUCACCACCCCCACCACCACUAUGCUCGUGACCGGCAUAUACGUAUUGGUAGUGGUGGUGGUGAGGGUAAUAAUGAUAGCAGUAUUGACAGGGCUGAUGAUAAAGACGAUGUUACCCGUAGGGAAUUUAUUAGGGAUAUCAAUUUUGAUAAUGAAAAUAAAAAUGAUGAUGCUGAUGACGAUAAUGACAUUGCGACCAAAUCAAGCUCAUUACCCAUUGACAGCAUUGUGCCAGGGAAAAGUGUCAAAGAUAUUAAAUUAGCUACCAAGGAAACACUGUUUAGCUUACCGAUUAACAUUGGCUUGGAUGACAAAAUCAAAUCUCAGACCACCAUGAUUACAGCAAGGAACAACAACGAUAACAAAAAGCCGCCAGGGGCGAGAGCAAAAACGUUGCCUACGAGUAAUGAAAACACUGUAAACGUAUCUACGACAAGUCAUUCAUCAAGCCUAAGACCAAAGACUUCGUCUCCGAGGUUACCUCGAGGAAAUCGGGUGGAAUUAGAUUACUUUUACAACAGCAGAAUACCAUCCCUAGAUGCGACAGGUAUCAAUAAGGAUUUCCUUGCGAGGCAUACGACAGAUCAAAGUCUUCAACAUUACGACUCGCAGUCUGGUGAUUUCAGUGUUCCAAGAAAGUCGACUUCGUGUACGGACUGGCCCGUAUGGAGCCUGCCACCUCCCCAUACUACUGAAACAAACGAUUUGAGACAUCAAUGGUCCCAGUCAAAUCGGCUGCACCCUUCAGUCGUCGAUAAUCAAACUACGACACAAAGUAACUGGAAUUUUUGGAAUCAACCUUCGAGGGAGAUGAUUUACUCAAAAUUUCCUCCACAAGAACAGAAGUCGUUUCAUCAUAUCGAUCCGUUGUUUGCUUAUGGAGAAGAGGCGUUUGCUCGUCAAAGACUCCCGGAGAGCUAUCUAGCCACAAAUGGCACCAUAUCUGGUAGCUCAUUUAACACACAUGCUGCGAUGGGAAGCGCUUAUGAGCCAAAAGAGCACUACACGGCCAAUAAUAUUUAUGGAUCUCAUGUAAAUAGUUCCACUUAUGGUGGGUUUCCUGUACGCAACGAGCCACCUGCAUUAAGGUUACCCACAGCAAAACCGCAUGCGCCCAUGGUCUGCCCCAGCGUCACUAAACCAGUCACAGAGAUGCAACCUACUACGAGUAUGACAUCUCAGAGUGUAACUUCAUACAGCUAUCAAUCCACUGUGUUGCCUGAAAAAGGGCAAGAACCUUUCAUGGAGCCUUCCAUACCCAAUUCCUUUACAGAAAACCAAGAACAUGUUCGUCCCAUCACUUCAUAUACUUCAAGAAGAGAAGAUCAGAGAUCUGGUACUGAAGCAACAUCACCAGAGUUCCCGGAUGACCCCUCACUUGCUGCACUGGAACGCAAGGUGGCGGAGGCAUGCGCAGUAGUUGAAAGGGUUAUGAAAGAACGCGAAGAAAGAACAAAAGCGCAGCGUGAGGCAGCGCGGAAGAGAAGAGAGAUGAGAGAACAAAGAGAAACAGAGGCAAAAGAAAUGAGAGAAAGAGAAGAAAGAGAAAGGAAAGAGAAAGAAGAAAGGGAAAGGGAAGAUAGAAAAAUGAGAGAAAGACAAGAGACAGAAAUAAGGGAAAGAGAAGAAACAGAAAUGAGGGAAAGACAAGAAAGAGAAAGGAGAGAACAGAUAGAAAAUGAAGACAGGGAUACAAGGUGGUUUGGGGGAGAACGAGCACCGGUUCAGGAGAGCCCACGGUGGCAGUGCGAGCAUUAUCAGCGGCGUUGCCUCGUGAAGUUUCCUUGCUGUGGAAUAUUCUACCCUUGUCACCGCUGUCACAAUACAUCGGGAGCGUGCGAUACUGAUGACAGGAAAGCGAAUAAUGCGACGCAUGUCAAGUGUGGCAUCUGUGGACACGAAGAAGAGGUCAGUAGCUUUGUUCUUACGGUUAUUCCUAAGAACUGCUUUGCGUAUUCUUGCUGCGCAUAAGUACACGCUUGAUUAGCGCGCACAUGAAAAAUAGCGGCUUUUGCUGUAAGAUUGGAGUUCGCCAGAGGUAAAUCUUAAACGAGUAUGGUUACCUAUCAUUUUUCCCUCCUUUUAUUAAAUUAAGCGUCAGCUACAGCCGCUUCCCCCCUCCCCUCUUCGAUUUUUCUGAGGGGUAGAGGUAGCUCUAAACAGGUUACAGAAAACGCGGUCAAAUUUUCUUGUACUCGUAAAUAUAGUUAUAGUGAUAUUGUAAGAAAUUUAAAGUGCUGCUGUUCCUAAACGAUUAUGGGACGCACCCCCCCCCCCCUCCACCGUGGUUGUUGUUGUUUUUUCAAAGUUUAAGUUUCCAUAACAAAAGCAUGUUUACAGCCACGCGGCUGUAUACAGGUUACAUAGACAACCAAUCGGUAAAAUUUGACAAAAUUCUACUUCAGAGGAAUGAACUUUUACAAACCUAUUUUAAGACUCAGUUCGUCACAAUUAAAUCCCAACAGUGAUGAAUACUUCAGAUAUGCUCUUGGAAAGAUGAGGAUAUUAACUUUUGUAAGAGAGCGUAUCACUUGGAGUGUACAGCUCACAGUGUUUCAUAAUCUACUUCAAGUUAUUUUUGCACUUGUCGUAAUUAACUGUUUCCUUUUCCGUCUCUCUCUCUUCUUUCGUAAAAUUUAGAUCAAUGAAGGAAGCCAGAAUUGCAGUGGCUGCGGCGAACAAAUGUCAGCGUAUUUCUGUUUCAUAUGCAAACAUUUUACCGGGGUGGAAAAGAACCCCUUUCAUUGCGAUAAAUGUGGUAUUUGUCGGUAAGUUAUUACUGAUAGGAGUAGAUAUUCAGUUAUAACCAUUUUUAAACUAUUCCUUCUGUGCCCUACUUUAGACGUCGAUUCAGUAAGAACACAAAAUUUGCCAUCUCUUCUCAAAGAACACAGGCUAUAUUCAGAGGGCACAUGGGAUAGGUUAAGACAAAUUCAGUUUUUGUUCGUGGUUGCGGUUGGUUUUGUAGAGGCGUUGGUUGAUGGCCUGAAAAACCGACAUUGUGUAGUUGAUAAUUAUUUAAAACUGCAAUCGUCUGGGUGAAUGUUUAAAAAAACUAAGCCUAGAUACGACUUCACUGAGUCGGGUGCAUAAUAGGGACAUGGGCGUGCAAAUUUGAUAUGAUGGCAUUGAAAAUUAAUACUUCUCUGCAAGAGAAAAAGUAAGGACGAUUUGGAAACAUAAGGAUUUAAUGGCUCUGUAAGGGUUUCAUUUACGUAAACCGAAGAAAAUCUAUCAAUUUUUCAGAAUUUUUUAUGUUUUUUGUCUUGAAUAGUAUACACAAGGACAAAUCGUUUCACUGUGAUGUUUGCAACGUGUGUCUGGACAAACGACUUGAAGGGAAACAUAAGUGCAGGCCAGAUUCUGGACACGACGAGUGUUGUAUAUGUUUAGAGGUAGGUGAAGACUUACGAUUUUUCACCAAGAAGACUUGAUUACAUAUACAUCCGCGACAGUUAUGCAUCUGUUGAAUAGCGAAACUUGUAUUGCUGCUUAACUUGCAUGAAGUUGACAAGGGAGGUGGAAAUAAAUGACCUCUGGAGACUAAGUCCUGUUUUGUUGAUAUGGUGGAACAUCAGUGAUGUUCCACAGCAUCAAGCUUUAGAUUUUUAUAAUUGAUGGCUUAAUCUCGACUACAAAUAAAACCUUUCUUUCUGAGGUACCAAACUUUUAUGCGCUUCUAACAGAUAGUUUUGACAAACCCAGUUUGAACAGCAGCAAAGAAUAGUGUGCUGCCAUAUUUAUAGUACAUGCGUUUUGUUCACUGAGAGCAAGCUAGGUGAAACGGGACUACGCAUGUUUACGUUGUAAUUAAAUCAACUUUGUGUAUUCUUCACAGGAUGCGUUCAGCGGUUGUCAGAUCCUGCCAUGCUCGCACAAGGUCCAUAAGGAGUGUGCCAUUGCUAUGAUUCAGAACGGAGUGUAAGUGGCCAACAGAAGUAGAUAAACAAAUGAUAAAUAAUAAUGACUUAUAGAAUAUCUACAUGAUGCUCCUUUGGCGGCCAUUUCUUAUUGAAUUUGAAUCUGGAAAUGUAGUUUUUGAGGAGAUGGAAAAACCGGAGUACCAAGAAAAAACCCCAAGGAUCAAUAGAAGGGCGUGCACCAAAACUCAACUCCCUCUAGCGGCUUACGAGUGCUUUUACCACUGCACAGCCCCUGCACGGCAGAGCCGGGGGGUGGGAGGGGUUGGGCUGAUUUAGCCUUUCCGCACUAUUUCCAAAAAAACAGACGGACAGAUAGCCUGUUCUAGGCUAAAAGAUAGUGCAGUAGAAAGUGGUGGAAAAAAUGUGCGGGGUUUGGAGAGAGAAGUGUUCCAGAUCGGGCACAUCUUAUUUUCCCUUGGUUUGUUUAACUACCGCGAUGUCUCUUCCAUCUGAAAGGUUGGCCAAGCUAACAGACAGAAAGACAAACAGACGGACAUUUUAUUUCAAUACGGAGUUUCUUCAACUUUCUUUCUUGGACUUACAAAGAGGAGGGUCUGUGCAACCCCUUCUGACGUCAAUCCCGAUAACGAAGUGUUGCAGAUAAAUGUUAAUUUGUUUGCUUUUCUGUGUUUCAGACGAAAUUGUCCGAUAUGUCGCCACCCUUUGUUUAGCCAAGACUCACAGUAAAGAUGAAGAACCAAAGAAUCAGUGAACGUUCAGGAAAACUGCCCGGAUUUUCAAAGAUUUCUGUUACUGCAGUCGCCAAAGAUGCGAAUUGUACGAUUAAGAGAAGAAGAAGACAGUUCAUUUGUUUUCGGAACAAUGUCUGUUAAAAGUUCGGUUUUCUUUAGCAAAAGCAAACUAGAUAAAAAGUUUCAAACAGCGUAAAAGUUAUCCAAAAAAAAAGGCCAAUAUUCAAAAUACAGCAGUUAUCAG